AUGAUUUGGUCACCUACAAGCAACAAGCACGGUGUUGCGAUACACAACUGGCACGGAGACGUGACUCACGGGCUCGCCCUAGAUGUGGGCGACUGUGUGGAAAUACUCGAGGAGACCACGUACUGGUUCCGAGGCACCUGUCCGCGAAAGCCUCGCAAAGUGGGCCUCUUCCCGAAGUCCUACAUCCAUCUGAAGGACCUUUCGAAGGUGGACCAAGUGGUAGCAGAAUGUACACUGGUGCUACGAGAAUGGUCCGAAAUUUGGAAGCGAUUGUUUGUGGAACGGGAGGAAUACAAAUUCACAUCGCUGCGCAAGGUAAUGCUGGCGUUGCUGGAAAGCCGACGGGAGCUGCUCAGCGCAACCCUCACCCAGGACCAGACGUACGAGCUGCAAAUGAAAGUGAUUUCGAAAAUCGAUUGGGGAAAUCGAAAACUGGGCCUCGAUCUAGUGCCACGCCUUGGAACCCUGGCCGUUGAUCCUCAAAAAAUCGGCAUCGUCUCGCUACAUCAGGUGCACGUCAACAGUGCAGAAAAUGCCAAAGCAGCAUCGAACCGUGGCACCCUGCGGCGGAAGGCGGGCAAAAAGAUUCACACGCACCAUCUGUACUUUUGCAUGCGCGACUUUGGCCACCGGAUCGGGGACGAUGCGGAGAUCUACCUUUACCUGUACGACGGCAACACGAACCGGAUGCGGGCACUGUCGGAGCGCUUUCUGGUGCGCAUCGCGCGCGAUGGCUUCUCGACGUACGUCGAGGCGAGCCACAACUGCACCAUCUUCACUGACCUGGGCACAUCGGAUCUGAACCAGGAUCUCUACCUGAUCGCGAACGUGAUGCGUGUCGGUAAGAUGCUGCACUCGGAGUCGGUGAAAAAGGGCGACAAACUGACGGCGAUGGCGCACGCGUACCGGCGGCCGUACGGUGUUGGAGUGUUGCCGCUGAACGAUAUCGUCCAGUUCGAUUACAGCGUCGAGUCGGAGGAGAAGGAAUUUAGCUUCAAGAUCUUUCAGUGUGAGGAGAAGGACUACCAUCAGCUGCACGAGUUGAUCAUCAAGAAGGCGAGUGGAAAGUUUCAACCGAUCAACGCCAGCCCCCAGGGCCAGUACGGGUUGGUGGUAUCGAUGAAGCUGCUCCACGGUGAGCUGGGCCAGGCGAAGCUAGAGCAACCGAUGCUCUUCCAGGGAACGGCCAUUACCAAGAAAAUAGGCUUCCCAGACGUGAUCAUGCCGGGGGACGUGCGGAACGAUCUGUUCCUUACGCUUGAGCGGGGCGAGUUCGAACGCGUCGGUAUUAGCACGGCCAAGAAUAUCGAAGUAACUGCGCUGGUGCUGGACGAAAAUGGGCGCGUGGUCCAGGAGUGCAUAGCGAUCGCCUCCGGAAGUCCGCUGCAGGCGCACUACAGAUCGAUGGUGCUGUACCACAACAAUUCACCCGCGUGGAACGAAACCGUCCGGAUGUUCGUGCCGAUCGAUAAGUUCAGCAAAGCACACGUCCGGUUCGAGUUUCGCAGUUGCUCGACGCGAGACAAAUCGGAUCCGAAGCUGUUCGGGUUUAGCUUUGCGCGGCUCAUGGAACCGGGCGGUGCAACGAUCGCGGACGGAGCCCACGAGCUGUACGUGUACAAGUGUGAGGACAUUCUGAAGGUGCAACCGAAUGUCUAUCUACGCCUGCCGUGCUCGGCCACCGAUCGACAGUCGCUGGGUGAUUCGCCUUCACCCUACCAUCGCAGCUCGAAGGAAGCCUUCUACGUCCGAACGAUCCUUUGCUCCACGAAGCUGACGCAAAACGGGGAUCUUUUGUCGUUGCUCCAGUGGCGCAAUCGGCCGGAAGGCAUUCAGGACUCGCUACAGAGGGUACUGCGCCUGCACAACGAGGAAUUGAUCAAAUUCCUGCAGGACGUACUGGACGCACUGUUUGCACUGUUCUCUACGGACGACGGCAACAGUACACCUCAUUCCGGGCUCGUGUUCCACGUACUAGUCAACAUCUUCAGCUUGAUGCAGAGCAGCAAGUUCCAGCACUUCAAACCGGUCAUGGAUGCGUACAUUCGGGAUCACUUUGCGGCGCCACUCGUUUACCAGGGGCUGCUAUCGUCGGUGCAACAUUUGGCCGAUUGGCUGACUACCACCGACAACCUCGAACCGAUCGUACAGUGUUUCUGCUCGCUAGAGUUCAUCUUCAAGUUGAUCAUACAGUCGCGCAAAUUGUUUGCACACGCGUCCGGCGGUCAGUACGAGGACAAGUUUAAGAAUGAUCUGUUUUCGGUGUUUACCUCGCUGAACGGCAUGCUAACGGUGCCAAGCACGGUGCAGAUUCUGGCCACCCAGGAAGCACUGCUCAGCAAUGCAGGGGUGGUGUUCGAACAGCUUCGCACGAUCAUCACACGGCCGGAGUUGGAGACUCUCGUGAGAGCGAUGCUGGAUGCAGUCCCGAAGGAUGCCCAGCCGCCGUUGGUACAGGCGAAGCUGAAAUCGAUCAAGGAUAUGGUGUCGGGCCAGCUGUUUCAGGACGACGAAUUGCGCUCGGUCAUCUUGGGCAUCGCGUGCAAGCAUCUGCGCAUACACCUGGCAAGGCGCGACGAGCUACGGCUGUGUACGGAUAUUCUCGCCGAGGUGCUGAUCAAACUGUACGAAGCGAGAGCCAAAGCGGGUGAAAAGCCAUCAAAUGCCAUCCACCACGAUCUGGACACACUGUUCGGGGCCAUCUUUCCGAUACUGCUGCAAACGAUCAAUGUGCUGAGCAACGGGGGCAACGAGAAUCUGGUGUGUUCACUGUUUGCGGUGAAACUGGGACUGCUGCAGCUGCUGGACGAAUCGCACUAUCAGCGCAUGUGGGACAGGCAAAGUGGUGCCAGCCCGGGAGGAUCAAACACUGGCAGCUGCACGUCGGGUGGUGGGAAGGAACUGCGCGAUUUCAUCCAACAAUGCCUGGCGAUCUUCAAGGACAUGCUCGAGCAGGACUGGAUAAUCUUCUCCAAAGACUGGCUGGUCAUGAAGAUGGCGGCCAACGAUGUGGUGCGGCGCACCCUCGAGGAGCUAGCGAAGCCGCUCGUGUACCGCUUCCUGGGACCACAGUCAUUCGAUUCGCAGCUCUGGUGGUCGUACUUCAGUGUUGCCGUCAUCUUCCUCACGCAACCAUCGCUGCAGAUCGAGCAGUACCACGAAACAAGGCGGCGCAAGAUACUCAGCACGCACGGUGACAUGCGCGUCAUGAUGGGCUUUCAGAUUCUGAGCAUGUGGGCCCAGUUGGGUGAACAUAAGCUACACUUCAUACCGUCGAUGGUGGGGCCGUUUCUAGAGGUUACCCUUGUGCCUGAGCCGGCACUCCGCAAGGCAACCUUUACCGUAUUCUACGACAUGAUGCAGUGUGAACAGGUUUCUCGCGGAUCGUUCCGGCUGGUAGAAAGUGAGCUGAUCGACAAAUUGGACCUGCUGAUUAGUGAAAACAAGGGUGACGAUGAGUACCGGGAGCUGUUCAGCACCAUGGAGCAAUUGUGUCUGGCUCUGCUGGAGCGAGUGCAAACGGAAAACCCUUCGUGGCGUGAAUCUGGCAUCGCCUUCAUCUCAUCCGUUACGCGGCUCCUCGAACGGCUGCUCGACUACCGUAGCGUGAUGCAGGGCGACGAGAACCGCGACAAACGGAUGACCUGCACGGUGAACUUGCUCAACUUCUACAACGACGAAAUAAACCGGAAGGAGAUGUACGUCCGGUACAUCUACAAACUGCUCGAUCUGCACCUGGGCGCCGAGAACUACAUCGAGGCCGGGCUAACACUGAAACUAUACUCCGACAUGCUGUCGUGGGACAGUGAACACGUUUCGGACGAUUCGAAUGGUCCGCGCGAGUGGGAACAGAAGGAGAAAAUCUAUAAAAAUAUCAUCAGCUAUUUCGACAAGGGAAAGUGCUGGGAGAAGGGCAUCCCCCUGUGUAAGGAGCUGGCCAUGUUCUACGAGCGCAAACGCUUCGACUACAACCGGCUGAGCGAUGUGCUGGUGCAGGAGGCCAAAUUCUUUCAAAACAUUCUCACCCAACUGCGACCGGAGCCGGAGUACUUUCGGGUUGGUUACUACGGAACCGGCUUUCCAUCGUUUGUUAGGAACAAGCAAUUCAUCUACCGCGGGCUGGAGUACGAGCGGAUCGGUGCGUUCAUCCAGCGACUGCAAACCGAGUUCCCGACCGCGCAGAUCCUGGACAAGAAGCAGUACCCACCGGACAGCUCGAUUCUGAACUCGCCCGAACAGCGGUUCCACGUCGUGAACGUGCGUCCGAUCGCCGACCCGUACCACCUGAAGAGUGCCAAGGUGACCGUGCCGGAGAAAAUCUCCAAAUACUACGAGGUGAACGAUGUGACGCGCUUCCAGUACGAUCGGCCCGUUCACAAGGGCACCGUCGACAAGGACAACGAGUUUAAGUCUCUCUGGAUCGUACGGACGAUCUAUGAAACGGCCCAGCCACUGCCGGGCAUACUGCGUUGGUUUGAGGUUAGCAAGACCUCGGUGCACGAACUAACGCCGGUCGAGUUUGCGUGCGAAACCAUCGCCAACGUCAACAAAGAACUGUCCGAUCUGAUCGUCCAGUAUCGGCUCGAUCCGAAGCGUAAUCUGAACCCGUUCACGAUGCGCCUGCAGGGUUCGGUCGAUGCGAACGUCAACGGUGGUUUCAGCAAGUACCAGGAUGCGUUCUUUUCCGAGCGAUUCGCCAAAUCGACCGAGGGGCGCGAUCAGAGUGUUCACGUGCAGCGCCUGAAGCGACUCAUCUUCGAGCAGAUGCAGAUUUUGCGGCAGGCACUCGAGCUUCACCGUAGUCUCGCCUCGGACCAGGUGCUACCGUUGCACAACCGUCUGUCGGAAGCGUUCCUCGAGCUGGAGAAGGCCACGUCCGAGUGGAAGACGAACAUUAACAUUCCGACCAAACCGCUGCCACCGCUUCCGAUCGGUCAACCGGUCACAUCCGGUACGCCGAUCGGUGGGCAACCACUCAGUGGCAAGCUGUCGACGAACGGGCAGGAACCGGCGUACUUCCCGGAGGACUACGAUGGAACGUACAUGUCGGUGAACAAAAAGGCACUCUCGCUGUCCGGCAUCAUACCGAUGGCUGCGCUCACUUCUUCACCCGUACCGCAGAUUCCGCCGCGCGACAGCAUGGGAGCCACCGGGGGGGUUGGAUCCCCGACGGCACCUCCGUUGCCCCCGCGUGGCCACACACCCGACAAGCGGAGCUCCAAUCCGAUGCCAUUCACCGAAUACGUCGAGCAGCAGCAGGCACAGCAACAGCAAAGCCUCCCCGGCAAGGGUCGACCGAAGAAGUACUCGUUGUACGAGAUAUCGUUCAACGACAGUGGCAACUACGGCAGUCCGCGCAGUUUGAGUGAGUUCAAGAGUGCUUUCAAUCGCGAUUCCGGUAUCUCCACCAGCACGCAGGAGUUGAACAAUUUGAACGGUGGUGGUUCCACGGUGGGCGCUCCGGUUCCGGUCCAGACUCCACAGCAGCAACAUUACCACCAGCCAGUAGCCAUCGACGGUGUAGGGUCGCACGAGGAGUACAAUAUUGUGGCUAAUGGAAACACGCAACCGAACCGGGGUCACCAGAAAACGAACUCUAACCCGGAAGCGUACCAAGCCAUAACGAUGGGUGGCGGUGGAGCUAUCGGACAACCGCCGCCGCCACCGAUUCCACCGAAAUCGACCAUGCUGCAUCAUCAGCACUCGAUGCCGGCGGUGAUGGUGGCCGCCAGUAGCAACAGCCUCAACAACAAUACCACUCACUACGCAUCAGCGCACCACCAUCAUCCCGUCCACCACCACCAGCGCAACCAGUCGCUUAAUCUGAGCACCAACAGCUCUUCCGACGGGGAGCAGCUGAGCCUGAACGACAUCAGUCCGGCUCCGCCACCGUUUAACGAUAACUUUAGCGAUUCCUUCAGCGACGAGUGCGACAAUCCGCAGGCCAAAGUCGUAGCUCCGGUUCCGCCACCGCAAGCACACAGUCCCCGGAGCAUGGUGGGCACUGCGAGUGCGGGUUUUCUACUAAACGGUGGCAGCGGUAGCGGUGCGGGGUCAGAAAUCCUUGAGAUGGGCUCGAUCACAACGACCACCACGACGACCACAAUCAUUUCGCUGCGGCGCGACGAUGAGGACGAGAUUUUCUAUUGAAAAACGAACGCGCGAGGCAACCACAGCAG